AUGACGGAUGAUGAUGGAUUAACAAGAGAUACUCUAACUCACAGCUAUCCUAGAAGAUUAAAAGAUGGUUGGGUUACUGCAGCAAGACAAUUAAUAGAGCAUUCUAGCAUGAAAGAAUACUUAGAUGUAACCAAGAUAGAUGUAAAAGACAUCCCCCAUGGAGCAUACCAGAGACUAGAGGGAGGAGGAGGAGGAGGAGGAGGAGGAGGAGGAGGAGGAGGAGGAGGAGGAGAGGAAGGAGGAGGAGGAGGAGGUGGUGGUGGUGGUGGUGGUGGUCCGUGUUAG